AGUCAAAGUUUUGCAGAACUCGUGGAGUCUUCAGUUCGUCCUUGCACAUCAGAAAGCUGACUUUAACAAUCAUCUGUCUUCAAUAUCUGCCUCAGCUGUCUGCAAUGGAGGAAAAGGAACCUCAGCAUCUCAAAAUCAGACGGGAAAUUGGAUUGCUUGGUGGUGUGUCCUUGGUUUCAGGAACUAUGAUCGGCUCUGGUAUCUUCAUGUCUCCUCAGUUUGUUCUGGCCUACAUAGGAAGUCCUGGGGCGAGUUUAGUGAUCUGGGCUGUCUCAGGAGUUGUAGCUAUGUUUACAGCAUUGUCCUACACCGAGUUUGGGAUGAUUUUUUCUGAAUCUGGUGGGGAGUUCAUCUACCUACUGAAGAUUUACGGCUCAUGUCCUGCUUUCUUUACAGCAUUCACUUUUGUCCUGGUUGUCAAACCGUUCGGUCUUGCAGCACUGUCGAUCGCCAUUGCUGAAUAUGCCACAGCACCAUUUUACCGAGGCUGUGACCCUCCUCAGCUGGUGGUGAAAUGUGUUGCUGCAGUUCUUCUAAUGGUUGUUGCCAUAAUCAACAUCUUGAACGUGCGUAUUGCCAUCAGAAUCCAGGUAGUCUUCCUUGUAGCCAAGGUUCUAAUGCUGACGGCCAUUGUUUUGGGAGGCAUCGCAGAGCUCAUACAGAGCAGAACCAUCAUCGUGGAAAAUCUAAAAGUUGAGAAUUCCUUUAAAGGGACUCAGUACUCAGUAAGUGGUCUAGGGAUGGCUUUUUAUCAAGGACUCUGGUCUUACGCCGGCUGGUACAACUUGAACUACGUCAUUGAGGAGCUGAAAAGACCAGAGGUUAAUCUUCCCAGAGCUCUUGUGAUAGCUGUUUCCAUGGUAACAGGUCUGUACCUGAUGGUGAACAUCAGCUACCUGACCGUGAUGACCCCUAAGGAGCUCAUGUCCUCCACAGCAGUUGCAGUUACUUGGGGAUAUAAGGUGUUCGGAAGCUGGGGUUGGAUCAUGUCUGUGGCUGCAGCUUUGUCUGGUUUUGGUUCGCUGAACGGGAGUUUCUUUAGUGGUCCUCGUAUAUUCUUUGUCACAGCAAGAGAAGGACACAUGCCAGAUAUUCUGGCCAUGGCUCACGUCCACAGAUUGACUCCGUCUCCAGCACUGAUCUUCAAUACAUCCAUCGGCCUGCUCCUGCUGGCCUCUGGAGACUUCCAGAGUAUUGUCAACUACUUCAGGUGAAGGCUGAGUCCACGAUGCUCACCACACA